UUAGUUAAAUAAUUCUUAGAGAGAGGAUUUUCCGAAGAAAUCGCGACCGAGACUUCAGUAUGAAUGAUGCUCAGGAAAGAUUCCGGAACAUACGAUUGCAGGAGGAAUAUGAUACCCAUGAUCCAAAAGGGUGUUGUGACACCCAGUUACUGUCUUUCCUGGAAAAGAGGUCGAAAAUAAUUGAGAUUGUAGCUGCCCACAACAUUGUAUUUGCUCUCUCUCAGUCUGGCAUUUGUGUUGCAUUCAGCCGAGAGACUAAUCAAAGAAUAUGUUUCUUGAACAUUAGUCCAAAUGAAGUUAUCAGAAGCUUAUUUUACAAUGAAAACAAUGAUUCACUCAUUACAGUUUCAGUUUAUGCUUCAGAUAACUAUGAUUCUUUGAAAUGUCGGACCACGAGUAUUGAGUAUAUAAAAGGAGGUAAACCAGAUGCUGGAAUUGCUCUUUUGGAGUCCGAGUCAUUUAAAUGGCCCGGGUUUGUCGAGUUUGAUGAUUUAAAUGGGAAGCUACUCACUUAUUCUGCACAAGAUAGCGUAUAUAAGGUAUUUGACCUGAAAAACUAUACAAUGUUGUACUCAAUAUCAGACAAAAAUGUUCGCGAGAUAAAGAUCAGUCGAGGAAUCCUGUUGUUGAUUUUCAAAGCUAGUAGCCAUGUUCCUCUUAAGAUUCUGUCCAUAGAAGAUGGUACAGUUCUUAAAACUUUCAAUCAUCUACUUCAUCGUAAUAAAAACGUGGAUUUCAUUGAACUGUUCAAUGAAAAACUUCUUGUCAAGCAAGAGGACGAGAAUCUUCAGAUUCUGGAUGUCCACAAUUCCGAGUUAAUAGAAGUUAGCAAAACAGAGUUUAUGACGCCAUCAGCAUUUAUAUUUCUAUACGAGAAUCAAUUGUUCCUGACAUUUAGAAACAGAACCGCUGCAGUUUGGAACUUCCUAGGCGAGCUUGUAACAACGUUUGAGGAUCACCUUUUGUGGCAUCCUGAGUGGGACACAAACAACUCACAUAUUACUAGUGAUCAGACUUCAAUAAUUUCUUACUGCAAAGCUGACUCACAUGAUCCAUUGACAGAGGCAAAUGCUGGUUCGAUCAAUAUCAGUAAUAUCUUGACCGGUAAAUGCGUUGCCAAAAUACAAGCAUCUGGUGGUUGCAGUUGCAAUGACCAUUGUAGCAGUAGUGGAAAGACUUGCAACUCUAAGAGCAGCUGCAGUGUCGCGGAAGCAUUGGAGGACAUAACGGCCCUUUUCUACGACGAGGAACGGAAUGAAAUCUAUACAGGAAAUGCACACAGCUUAGUCCAUGUCUGGUCUAACUGACAACUAACCGGUUGAUCUAUGUUUUAUUAGGUAAAUAAUUGAGUUAUUUUUACUGUAAUCUUAGGUUUCUAUCACCUAAGUGGUCCUUUUUCUUCCAUGUAAAGAAAGUUAGUGUGAAUCUGAACCGGUUGUAAAAUAAAUGUUGCCACAAUGAUGUUGUGAUAGCAAAAGUGUAAUAUAAGCUA